AUGGCUUCAGACCCUUCCAAGCAAGACUUGGAAGCGCAUUCGGUGCAGGACGACGACCACAAGACAAAAGCCAAACCAAAAGACGGCAUCGACGGCGACGAAGCGCUAAGAUUCCUCGCCGCCGAGGCCACCGCACUGACAGCGCACGACUUAUCUUGUGUCGUCGACGAAUACGCGCUGGUGCGCAAGAUCGACCGGAUGAUUAUCCCGCUCAUGUGGUGCUGCUACUGUCUGCAGUACCUGGACAAGACGCUGAUAAACUAUGCCGCCGUCAUGGGCCUCUACGAAGACGCGUCCAUCACCACGGACCAAUUCUCAACCCUGGCUUGGAUCUUCUACGCCUCGUACCUGGCCUUCGAGUUCCCGCACGGCUACGCCAUGCAACGCCUGCCAACAGCCAAGUAUCUCGGCGCCAUGGUCUCUCUCUGGGGCACGGCCGUGGCGGCGACGGCGGCAUGCAAGACGUACGGCGCUCUGGUCGCCACACGGGUGCUGCUCGGCGUCUUCGAGAGCGCCGUGGCACCCGCCCUGAUCCUGGUGACGGGCAUGUGGUACAAGAAGCGGGUCGAGCAGCCGUGGCGGGUUGGAUUGUGGUAUCUGGGUACCGGCGUGGGCACCGUCGUCGGCGCGCUGCUGUCGUUCGGCUUCCAGCACUAUUCGUCGCGCACUUUCAACAGCUGGCAGAUCAUGUUUCUUGUAGUCGGCAUCGUCACUGUGGCCGUCGGCCUGCUAGUCGUGCUGCUGUUGCCGGACAACCCGAUGAGUGCGCGCGGCCUGACGCACGCCGAGAAGGUGUGGGCUGUCGAGCGGCUGCGGGAGAACCAGACGGGCAUCGAGAAUGUGCGCUUCAAGCCGGCUCAGGCGCGCGAGUGCUUUGUCGACCCCCAGACCUGGCUGCUCGCGCUGGCGACUGUUGCCAGCAAUAUCCCCAACGCCGCCACCAGCAGCUUCCAGGCCACCAUCAUCAAGGGCUUCGGCUACGACAGCAAGACGACCGCCCUGCUGAGCAUCCCCGCCGGCGCCGUCAUCAUUGUGUCCGUCCUGCUGGCCACGUACGCCGCGGGCCGCUUUGACCAAAGGGGUCCGUGUGCCGUUGCGACGCAGCUGAUGGGCGUGCUGGGAGCUUGUUUGAUUGCCUUUUUGCCCGCUGAGGACAAAGUCGGCAGGCUGAUCGGCAUUUACAUCAUGAACGGCAUCGUGGCUGGCCUGCCGCUCAUGUACGCCUACGUCUCGGCCAACAUCGCCGGCCACACCAAGAAGGUGACCAUGAAUGCUGUGCUGUUGAUCAGCUUCUGCCUGGGCAACAUAAUCGGGCCCCUGACCUUCCGCGAUGGAGACGAGCCCGAGUAUAUGCCUGCCAAGAUCGCCAUCAUCGUGGCUGACGUCUUCUCCAUUCUUGUCAUCAUCCUCUUGCGCGUUUACUACCUCCGGGAGAACAAGAGGCGGCACCGUUUAGCUGUUCGUCACCGGGAGAAUGUCGAGUUCUUGGAUCUGACGGAUCGAGAAAACCUGGAGUUCAGAUACAGCCUGUAA